CAGCAUGAGAUAGGUGAUAAUGUGAUAUUAGAGGCGAGACGGAGAUGCAAAUCGGAAGGGGGCGUAGCAGGACUCAGAAAUGCUGAAGAAUCUUACCGUUUGAGAUUUCAGAAGUUUUGUUGCAUCGCACAUAAAUGUUAGAACAGCUCAUUAUUUUCACUAGAGGGGGUCUGAUCCUCUGGACCUUCAAAGGGAUUGGAAAUGCUCUUAAAGGUUCUCCAAUUGACAUCUUGAUUCGGUCUUGCCUCUUGGAAGAACGAUCAGGCUCUGCAUCCUACAACUAUGAUGCCCCUGGAGCUGCUUACACUCUGAAGUGGACAUUUCACAAUGAACUUAAGCUUGUAUUUGUUGCUGUUUAUCAGAGGUUUCUAAAUCUUUUGUAUGUUGAGGAUCUACUAGCUAUGGUCAAGCAAGAGUUCUCACAGAUAUAUGACCCAAAGCGGACCGCGUACACUGAAUUUGAUGAUAUUUUUGAGCAGCUAAGGAAAGAGGUGGAGGCACGUGUUGAGGAAAUGAAGAAAUCAAAGCAGGUAGGGAAACCUAUGAAGACUACACUUGGCAAGAAGCAAGGACAUGGACAGAGGGGCAUGUUUGAUGGAGGUAAUAAAAAAAGUGAAUCGGGAGAUGACGAUGGAGAGGAAGACAAGGUAAAAAGCUGUUCACUAGAAGAUGGUAAUUCUAACUGUAGAUCUGAAAAAGAGAAGUCGCCUGCAGAGUUGGUUGAUAAGGGUAAAAAGAUUGCUAACUCUGAAACAGGGGCAUUUGAUGUAAAUAAGUUACAGAAAAUUAGGUCUAAAGGUGUAAAGAAAAAUGAUACUGUUGGCAAAAAAGGUAUUAAGGCAGAGCCACAGAAAAUGACGAAAAAGAAUAGAGUCUGGGAUGAUUCCCCUCCACCAGCAAAGUUAGAUUUCUCCCAGCAUGUGAAUGGGAAUGGGGAGCAGAAUUUAGCAACCGUGGUAGUGGAUCAAGGUGAGAGUAUGAUGGACAAAGAGGAAAUUAUCAAUGACAGUGAAAGCGAGGAAGAUGACAAUGAAAUAGAGAAAGACACCGUUGAAACAAAGAAAAAAGGGUGGUUCUCAUCCAUUUUCCACAGUAUUGCAGGUAAGGCAAAUUUGGAGAAGGCUGAUCUGGAACUAGCCUUAAAAGGUCUUAAGGACAUGCUUAUGACCAAGAAUGUGGCUGAGGAAAUUGCUGAAAAGCUAUGUGAGUCGGUGGCAGCUGGCCUUGAGGGUAAAAAGCAAGCCUCGUUUACGAGAAUUUCUUCUAUAGUUAAGGCUGCAAUGGAGGAUGCUCUUAUCCGCAUACUGACUCCUAAACGCUCCAUAGAUAUUCUAAGGGAUGUUCAUGCAGCAAAAGAUCAAGGGAAGCCAUACGUUGUGGUUUUUGUAGGAGUUAACGGAGUCGGGAAGUCAACCAAUCUUGCGAAGGUUGCUUAUUGGCUUCUGCAGCAUAAGAUCAAUGUAAUGAUGGCAGCUUGCGAUACAUUCCGGUCAGGUGCCGUGGAGCAACUCCGUACUCAUGCACGUAGGCUUCAGAUCCCUAUAUACGAGAAGGGCUAUGAGAAAGAUCCUGCGAUUGUUGCAAAGGAAGCAAUCCAAGAGGCCUCUCGCAAUGGUUCUGAUGUUGUUCUUGUGGAUACUGCCGGUCGAAUGCAGGAUAAUGAACCAUUGAUGAGAGCAUUAUCAAAGCUUAUUUAUGUCAACAAUCCAGAUCUCAUCCUGUUUGUUGGUGAGGCUCUUGUUGGGAAUGAUGCUGUCGACCAAUUGUCAAAGUUCAAUCAGAAAUUGGGUGAUUUAUCACCCUCGCCAAAUCCAAGAUUGAUUGACGGAAUUCUCCUUACCAAGUUUGACACCAUUGACGACAAGGUGGGAGCAGCAUUAUCCAUGGUCUACAUAUCUGGUGCGCCGGUCAUGUUUGUGGGUUGUGGGCAGUCCUAUACGGAUCUGAAGAAGCUCAACGUUAAGUCCAUAGUCAAGACCUUGCUCAUGUAGGCCUUGUUUGUUGCCUCGACUUUCCUAGCAAAACCUUGGCGCGGUUUGCGUUAUGCGGUGGUAUUAUUAUGACUUCAAAGUUGCUACAUACCGUCUCUUCGUCAUAAAAUUUUAAAAUACAAAGCUGCUAUUACUUUAAAUAUGUUUCAAGUGUUUUUUUGGAAAAACCUUAGGCUCUGUUUGGUACACGUAAUUCAAACUUUGGAAUUAGAAUUGGAGACAACAAAUCUAGUUCUGUUUUUGGAUGCACAAAAAUAUGUGGAUUCGGAAUUGGUAAUGCCAAAAAUGAAUUCGAAUUGGAUCAAAAUCAAAUCCAUAGAACUUCAACUCCCAAUUCAAUUUCAAUUCCGUGUACGAAAUGGACGCUUAAUGUGCUUUAUGAUGGCUUUUCCAGAGGGUUUACAUUAAUAAGCAAAUUUAAACAGUGUGUUUGUGUGUGAUUUUGUUUUACUUUGCAGUUAUUCGGCUCUAAAUUGCACAACUAUUAUGAUCAUUAUGUGGUGAUCCGAAGUGAAUUGCACAAAUUUAAAAAUUUAUUUAGAUACUCCGUAUUACACAAUUUUAUUGUGCAAGUAAGGUGGUGG